CCCGGAAUGUGGAGGGACCACCGUGGCCGAAUCACUAGUUCACUACCAUCAACCCUCCAAUUUAUAAACUAGGUUUCUCAUCGUCCCUUCUACAGCGUCUUCUCUUCCCCACUUCCCAAUCGCCCUCGUCUGUCAGUAUUUUUAAAGUUCCAGCGGCGGAGGUGAUGGCGGUGGCGGUGGCGGUGGCGGUGGUGGGAGAAAGUGUCGCCAUUGAUGAAGAGGUGGAAUUUCAUAACGCCAUUGAGAGAGAAUUUUAUCAGCUUAUUAUUGAGCAGGCUGAAAUCGAAACAGGCCAUGAGAAAUCACCAGCCGUUGAUUUUGGAACGGUGAAAAUCGAUGAUCUCAACGAAGGAAAGGAUGGAAAAUAUGCAGAGAAUGUAGGUAGUAAGAUUGGGGAAGAAGUUACUGAGUUAGCGAGUUGUAAUCGGAGUUGGAUAAUUAACUAUCCGACGAGGCCUGAUGCAGAGGAUUGCUCGUUUUAUAUGAAAUUUGGGUCUUGUAAAUUUGGGCAGAGUUGCAAGUUUAAUCAUCCUCCGAGGAGAAUGAAUCAGGGUAUCAAACAGAGAGAGUAUCAUAGGGACGAAAACUUCGAAAGGGUAGGGCAGGGUGAAUGCAAGUAUUACCUGACGCCGGAGGGGUGCAAAUACGGAAGGGACUGUAAUUACUCUCACGGUUCACAAAAAACCGAGGAGUUCAACUUCUUGGGACUUCCAAUUCGAAGGGGAGAAAAAGAAUGUCUCUACUACAUGCGCACCGGGACCUGCAAAUACGGGUCAAACUGCAGGUUUGACCAUCCGGAACCUUCCGCUGUGGUUGGAGCUGACUCUUCUUCUGGAUAUGGCAACGGUGGCUCUCUUACAUCAAAGCUCGUUUCCUCGUCAUCUGUCUCUUCAUGGUCUUCGCCGAGGGAAUUCAACGCGACUUCUCCAUUUACAUCAGUAACCCCUCCAACCAAAGUCGUUGCUAGUUCGAAUAGAGAGUGGGAAGGAUAUGAGGCUGCAACUUAUCCAACAUCUGAGAGCGGCUUACCUGCACCACCAGCUUUUGCCGUAGAGAAUCCACCGAUUAAUCUCUCUACGCCUUAUCACUAUCAGCAAAAUAUGGUGGUCGAAGAAUACCCCGAACGCCCAGGUGAACCUGAAUGCAAUUUCUACCUAAAAACCGGAGACUGCAAAUUCAAAUCUAACUGCAAGUUUCAUCAUCCCAAAAGUCGUUUGUCAAACGCAAAGCCAUACUCGUUACCUGUCAACAACAAAGGCCUCCCUCUUCGACCUGAUCAGCCCUUGUGUACAUUCUAUCACCGUUUUGGCAUCUGCAAGUAUGGACCUGCGUGUAGAUUUGAUCAUCCGUUGGAUUUUGCCAGCUUGCAAACGAAUUUUCGUCGCCAAGUAUAUGGCAACUGAAAAUUCGUCCGAUCGGGGUUGUAAAGCGGGGAAAAUGGAAACUGAUUGAGCUUGAGAAUAGCACAGAAGAAUUCUCUAGUUUAAAACUUUACUCUUUAACAUAUUGAUUGGUCUAGGAUCUGAAUUAAUCAGAGAUUUUGAACUUUCUAAAGGUUACUUUUGGCUGUCUUUGUUAUUAUCUGAGCUACUGUUUUCGAAGAUUAUUAAUAUUAUUAUUAUUAUUAUUAAUUUUCUUUUA